GCUCCAAAGAGAAAGCAGGGUAGGCAGCCCCACGCCAGGGGUGGCCGGGACUACCACCGCCUACAGUCGCAGGCCAGCCACAGGCAGCAGCCCACCAAGCCCCAGUGCCUGCUCACCUAGCCUCCUUCACCCUCCGCAGAAGAAGCCGCAGCCAUGGCGGGGAUGAAGACAGCCUCCGGGGACUACAUUGACUCUUCCUGGGAGUUGCGAGUGUUUGUGGGCGAGGAGGACCCUGAAGCCCAGUCUGUUACCCUCCGGGUUACAGGGGAGUCUCACAUUGGCGGGGUGCUCCUGAAGAUUGUGGAACAGAUCAAUCGCAAGCAGGACUGGUCUGACCAUGCCAUUUGGUGGGAGCAAAAGAAACAGUGGUUGCUGCAGACACACUGGACGCUAGACAAGUAUGGCAUCCUGGCCGAUGCCCGCCUCUUCUUUGGGCCACAGCACCGACCAGUCAUCCUGAGGCUGCCCAACCGCCGUGUGGUGCGCCUGCAAGCUAGUUUCUCGAAGCCCCUCUUCCAGGCUGUGGCCGCCAUCUGCCGCCUCCUCAGCAUCCGACACCCUGAGGAGCUGUCCCUGUUGCGGGCGCCGGAGAAGAAGGAGAAGAAGAAGAAAGAGAAGGAGCUGGAGGAAGAAGUGUACGACCUGACCAAGGUCGUCCUGGCUGGGGGUGUGGCACCAGCCUUGUUCCGGGGCAUGCCAGCCCACUUCUCAGACAGUGCUCAGACCGAGGCCUGCUACCACAUGCUGAGCCGUCCUCAGCCACCACCAGACCCCCACCUGCUCCAGCGCCUGCCGAGGCCCAGUUCCCUGUCUGACAAGACCCAGCUCCACAGCAGGUGGCUGGACUCAUCGCGUUGCCUCAUGCAGCAGGGUGUCAUGGCUGGAGAUGUGCUCUGGCUGCGCUUCAAGUACUACAGCUUCUUUGACCUGGACCCUAAGACAGACCCAGUGCGGCUGACCCAGCUAUAUGAGCAGGCGCGCUGGGACCUGCUGCUGGAGGAGAUAGACUGCACCGAGGAAGAGAUGAUGGUGUUCGCUGCCCUGCAGUACCACAUCAACAAGCUGUCGCAGAGCGGGGAGCUGGGUGAGCCAGCCAGCGGGGACCUGGGGCUGGAUGACCUAGAUACAGCCCUGAACAACUUGGAGGUGAAGCUGGAGGGAUCAGCGCCCACAGAUGUGCUGGACAGUCUUACCACCAUUCCAGAGCUCAAGGACCACCUCCGGAUCUUCCGGCCCCGGAAGCUGACCCUGAAGGGCUACCGACAGCACUGGGUGGUGUUCAAGGAUACCACACUGUCCUACUACAAAAGCCAGGACGAUGCCCCAGGGGACCCCAUUCAGCAGCUCAACCUCAAGGGUUGUGAGGUGGUCCCUGAUGUCAACAUCUCUGGGCAGAAGUUCUGCAUCAAACUCUUGGUGCCCUCCCCAGAGGGCAUGAGUGAGAUCUACCUACGGUGCCAGGAUGAGCAGCAGUAUGCCCAGUGGAUGGCUGGCUGCCGACUGGCUUCCAAGGGCCGCACCAUGGCAGACAGCAGCUAUGCCAGCGAGGUGCAGGCCAUUCUGGCCUUCCUCAGCCUGCAACGUGCAGGCGGUGGUGGCUCAGGGAACCAUCCCCAGGGCCCUGAUGCCUCUGCUGAAGGCCUCAAUCCCUAUGGCCUUGUUGCUCCUCGCUUCCAGCGCAAGUUCAAGGCCAAACAGCUCACCCCACGGAUCCUGGAAGCCCACCAGAACGUGGCCCAGCUCUCUCUGACUGAGGCCCAGUUGCGCUUUAUCCAGGCCUGGCAGUCCUUGCCCGACUUUGGCAUCUCCUACAUGAUGGUCAGGUUCAAGGGCAGCAGGAAAGAUGAGAUCCUGGGCAUUGCCAACAACCGACUGAUCCGAAUAGACUUGGCUAUGGGUGACGUAGUCAAGACCUGGCGCUUUAGCAACAUGCGCCAGUGGAAUGUCAACUGGGACAUCCGGCAGGUGGCCAUCGAAUUCGACGAGCACAUCAACGUGGCCUUCAGCUGUGUCUCUGCCAGCUGCCGCAUUGUACAUGAGUACAUUGGUGGCUACAUUUUCCUAUCUACUCGGGAGCGGGCCCGUGGUGAGGAGCUGGACGAGGACCUCUUCCUGCAGCUCACAGGUGGUCAUGAGGCCUUCUAAGAGCAGCCCAACCGUCUCUGCCCCUGCUCACCACCUGGCACAGUGUGUCCCAAUCCCACACCCACUGCUGGACUCACUGCCCCACCCCUCCCAGCACGUAUCACACUGGGUAAUUUCACCUGUUGUCACUGGCAGACCAGGGUCCUGGCUGGGCCAGACUGUCACCUCCCAGGCUAAGGAUGGUGGGGCCCUGAGUUACACAGAGCCCCUUCCCUUGUCCUCAUGGCUGAAGCCCAUGCCUUGACCUAUCUGUAGACCCUAAGCACACAAGGAAGGCCAGUUUUAGCGACAGAAUGAGGGCUUCUGGUUCCAGA